UCCAGUGAAGGCUACCUGAUAUGUAUUCCUAAAUGUCUGUAUUAAAGAAGUCUUUUUGGCUACCAUUAAGCAGCAGUUGAAUGUCCUUUUUGUAUACUGUGUUGUUAUCAGUUUUAUUGAUUAAUUAGUAUUGUUUUACAAAAAAAAAAGAUAAUGAACUGAGUGUGAUUAACAGUUGACAAAAUUACACUAUGAUGAAAAGUAAGAUAAAGCCUCCUCUACAGGUGGAGCAAGAGGCUAGCUAUCCAUGGACAGAUGGAAGAAGAACAGCAGGAGAAUGGCAGGGCCUCACCUCCUCGAGCAAGGUGCAUCAGUGUCCACACUGUGCCUACAGUACAACUGAUACUUACAAUUUUAGGAGGCACACCCUUAAGCACACUGGGGAAAGACCCUUUUCCUGUCCCCAUUGUUCCUAUAGUGCUGCAAGAAAGGAACUCCUCAAAGAUCACAUUAAUCUACACACUGGGGAAAAACCUUAUAGCUGUUCCCACUGUUCCUACACUGCUUCCCAGAGUUCUUAAAUUUAGAGCAAGGCAUGCACACGGAUAGGUUUCAUGUGUCCAUAUUGUCCCUUCAGUCCGCAGAAGGUACUCUCAAAGUCACAUGUAAUCAGUCACACAAAGAAUCCAUAUAGUGCAUCUUCUACAUUAAGAUUGACAGAUUAG